GACCUCACCACCACCUCGCUCUCACGCUGCUCCUCAAGGCCUUCAAGGACACGCCAGGCCGCUUCACGCGUCGUGGCAUAUACCCCUCUCGUGCUCGCUGCGCACGCCCGUCAUGCCGAGCGCCGUGCUGGGUCAGGCCAGCGGCUCGGCCGCGCACGCCAAGCUGCCGGGCGACUGGUCGCCGGCCGCGUACCGCACUGUCGCCAGCGAGCUGUGCGAGGGCCUCGAUCUCGGGCCCUCGGCGCCCGAGGUCAUCGAUGCCCUCGUGCACGUGCACUACUCCGUCUACGAUGCUGCCGAGCGCCUGAAGCGCCGCCAGGGGCGCCGGCUGCACAUGGGUCCGCGGUCGUUCCUCGACCUCAUUCACCACUAUGUUGCGCUGUCGACUGAGAAGCGUUCGGGCCUGGAGGAGGAGCAGCGGCAUCUGAACGUUGGCCUGGACAAGCUGCAAGAGACGGUGCUCGCUGUCGAAGAGCUGCGCAAGUCGCUCGCUGUCAAGGACAUGCAGCUCAAGGCCAAGAACACCGAGGCCAACGAGAAGCUGCAGCGCAUGGUCGCCGACCAGAAGUCUGCCGAGGAGAAGAAGGCGGCGUCGAUCGAGCUGCAAGCGAUGCUCGUCGAGUCGGAAAAGAGCAUCGCCAUUCGCCGCUCCGAGGUCGAGGCCGAGCUAGCCGAUGCCGAGCCGGCCGUGCUCGACGCACAGGCGGCGGUGAGCAACAUCAAGAAGCAGCACCUCACCGAGGUGCGCUCGAUGGGCAACCCACCGCUGCCCGUCAAGAACGCGAUGGAGAGCGUGUGUAUCGCCCUCGGCCACAAGGUCGAGUCGUGGAAGACGGUGCAGGGCAUCAUCCGCCGCGACGACUUCAUCUCCUCCAUCGUCAACUUCGACACGGAGCGGCAGAUGACGCGCGGCGUGCGCGAGAAGAUGAAGCGCGAGUACCUCUCGAAGCCCGACUACAACUUCGAGCAGAUCAACCGCGCGUCCAAGGCGUGCGGUCCGCUGGCCAAGUGGGUCAUUGCGCAGGUGCGCUACUCCGAGAUCCUCGACGCCGUCGGGCCGCUGCGCGACGAGGUCGAGCAGCUGCAGCUAGACGCCGAAAACACGCAGGCACAGGCAGCAGAGGGCCUGCGCAUCAUCGAGCAGACGGAGCAGGACAUCGCGCGCUACAAGGAGGAGUAUGCCGCGCUCAUCAGCGAGACGCAGGCGAUCAAGAGCGAGAUGGGCCGUGUGCAGACGCGCGUGAACCGCAGCAUUCAGCUGCUGGACAGCCUCGGGUCCGAGAAGACGCGCUGGGACGCUGGCAGUCGCACGUUCGACGCGCAGAUGAGCACCAUCGUCGGCGACGCGCUGCUGUCCGCGGCCUUCCUCACGUACGCGGGCUACUUCGACCAGCAGUACCGCGAGGGCAUGUGGAGCGCCUGGACGGAGCACCUGUCGCGCGUUGGCAUCAAGUUCAAGCCGGAGCUCGGCUUCGUCGACUAUCUCAGCACGGCCGAUGAGCGCCUCGACUGGCAGAGCAAGAGUCUGCCGGCCGAUACGCUCGCGUGCGAGAACGCCAUCAUGUUGCGCCGCUUCAAGCGCUAUCCGCUGCUGCUCGACCCGUCGGGCCAGGCCACGGCUUUCCUCAUGAACGAGUACAAGGAGCGCAAGCUCGUCGUCACCUCGUUCCUCGACGGCGCGUUCCUGAAGAACCUCGAGUCGGCGCUGCGCUUCGGCCAGCCGCUGCUGAUCCAGGAUGCGGAGCACCUCGACCCGAUCGUCAAUGCUGUGCUGAACAACGAGCUGCGCAAGACCGGCGGCCGCGUGCUCAUCCGCCUCGGCGCGCAGGAGAUCGACUUCAGCCCGAGCUUCACGCUCUUCCUCUCCACGCGAGACCCGUCCGUCGAGUUCUCGCCAGACGUCUGCUCUCGCGUCACCUUCGUCAACUUCACCAUGACGCGCGGCUCGCUGCAGAGCCAGAGCCUGGACCAGGUGCUGAAGAGCGAGCGGCCCGACACGGACAAGAAGCGCACGGACCUGAUGAAGCUGCAGGGCGAGUUCCGGCUGCGGCUGCGGCAUCUGGAGAAGAGCCUGCUCGUGGCGCUCAACGAGAGCGAGGGCAACAUCCUCGACGACGACAAGGUCAUCGACACGCUCGAGACGCUCAAGAAGGAGGCAAAGGAGGUGACGCGCAAGGUCGAGGAGACCGACGCCGUCAUGGCCGAGGUGGACGAGGUGACGGCGCAGUAUGUGCCGCUCGCCAAGGCCUGCUCCUCGCUCUUCUUCAUCCUCGACCAGCUGCAUGUCAUCAGCCACUUCUACCAGUUCUCGCUGCGCUUCUUCCUCGACAUCUUCGACCAGGUGCUGCAUCGCAAUGCGCGGCUCAAGGGCGUCACCGACCACCACCAGCGGCUCGACAUCCUGACGAAGGAUUUGUUUCUGCUCGUGUACCAGCGCACGAGCCGCGCGCUCGCCCACCACGACCACGUCCUCCUCGCCACGCUGCUGGCGGUGGUCUGGGCGCGUGAAGGCGCGGAGCCAGACGCGCUGGAUGGUGCUGAGUUUGCGUUCCUUCUCGAAGGCGGUGAUGCCGUCGCACAGCCUGCCUCAAGCAGCUCGGACACGCUCGAUGCGCUCUUGACGCCAGAGCAGAAGCAGCGCGUCCAGGCGUACCGCCGCCUCGCGACCUUCCGCGACUUGGCGGCGCACAUCGAGGGCGAUGUCGACGCAUGGCAGGCAUUCCUGACGGCGCCGGCGCCUGAGGCAGCCGUGCCGCACUUCUGGGAGGAGAGCAGCGAGCUCGUCAGCCUGGUGCGCGAGUUGCUCGUCAUCAAGUGUCUCCGGCCCGACCGCAUCGCGCCCGCCAUGGCCAAGCUCAUCACUGCCGUCUUCGGCACCGACAUUCUCUCGGAGACUGCGUACGAUCUGCAGCGCAUCGUCGCCGACGAGGUCAAUGCGCAGACGCCCGUCGCGCUGUGUGCGGUGCCGGGCUUCGACCCGAGCUAUCGCGUGGACAACCUGGCGCGAGCGGCAGACGUGCGCUGCAUCUCGGUCGCGAUGGGCUCGCAGGAGGGCUUCGCUCUCGCAGAUCAGGCCAUCACGACGGGCGCCCGCACUGGCCAGUGGGUGCUGCUCAAGAACGUGCACCUCGCGCCGGCGUGGCUCGGCCAGCUCGAGAAGAAGAUCUCGUCGUCGGGCCUCAACCGCAGCUUCCGGCUCUUUCUCACCUGCGAGACGAGCCCCGUCAUCCCGGUCAGCUUCCUGCGCGCCAGUCGCAUCCUCAUGAACGAGCCGCCGCCGGGGCUUAAGGCGAGUAUGCUUGACAACCUGCGCGGCAUCCCGCCGGCGCGGAUACAGAGCUGCCCGGCGGAAGCGAUGCGUCUCUUCUUCCUGCUCUCCUUUUUCCACGCCACGCUCACUGAGCGGCUGCGCUACACGCCGCUCGGCUGGUCGAAGGCGUUCGAGUUCAACGACAGCGAUGCAGAGAUGGCCCUCGACGUCAUCGAGACGUGGGUCAACCGCGUCGCCAAGGGCCGCGCGAACAUCGAUCCGGCGACGAUUCCGUGGCCGGCGCUGCGUGCGCUUCUCAAGCAGAGCGUGUACGGUGGCAAGAUCGACAACCCCGCCGACCAGUUGCUGCUCGACUCGUUCGUCGAUGGCAUCUUCACGCCGCUCGCGUACGAGCAGGCCUUCCGUCUCGUCGACUCGCCGGACAUGCCGCUCAUCGCGCCGGAGGGCACGCAGAUGGAUCAGUUCAUGGCGUGGAUCCAGAAGCUGCCCGACCAGCAGCCGCCGCAGUGGCUCUCGCUGCCGCCGACAGCAGAGCGCGUCAUCGCAACUGCGCAGGGUGCUGCGCUGCUCAACAAGCUCGUGCGCAUGCGCCAGUUGAGCGACGACGACGAGACAGUGGCGGCGCCAAUCGAGGGCGCUGCAGCUGCCGGACCGGGCAGCAGUAACGCCGUGGCCAGCAGCGCGACUCAGCCGCAGUGGAUGCAGGCGCUGCGCCAGAACGCCGCCGACUGGCUCGCCGCUCUGCCGCAGAAGAUCGCAUCGCUCAGGGGCGGCGCCAACAGCAUCGGCGACCCGUUGUUCCGGUGAGUGCAUCCGUCGUCGGUCAUCAUGCAUGGGCUGACUGUCCCGUGCCGAUCAGCUUCUGGGCGCGCGAGCACACUUCGGGAGCAGAGCUGCUCAAGCUCGUUCGCCGCGACCUCGAAGAGGUCAUCUCGGUCUGCUCUGGCGAGGC